CGGUGGUCCAGCCUCUCACCUCUUACUUCUCGCUAUGGGCUUGUCUUGAUCUCUGUUGACACCACCAGGGAUCCAGAACAAGUUGCAACAUCUACAAUGGCUGAAGAUCCCCAGCCUCUGACUUUGCAACAACGUAUCGCGGCAUUGAAUGCUGCUCAUGUCGGUCGAAUACCAGGAGAUCCUCCUCGACCCUCGCCGUCUCACCCUCCUCCGAUCCCCAACAGACGGCCUGUCGUUGUCAAACAAAACACCUUCAACAAUCCUCCAGAAAGCCUCCAUGGUUCUGUCACAGACCGCAAAGUGGGCAACCAGCCUGCGCCACCCCCUGCUACGAAGAAACCACCUCCUCCCCUUCCCUGUAGAAAAAACUCACUGGACGAGCAAAGAAGAGGAUCGGUAGCAUCAACCACCUCGAAUGGUACAGUGGACACAACAUCGUCAAGAACAACCACUACACGGGGAAAAUCAACAGAUUCCCUGAACCGAGUCAAAGCACCGGCAUGGGGAGAAUCCGAACUGCCUCCCUUGCCCCCACGGGGUGUACAACCGCAACCUUUGACAAGAAAGUACUCAGAUGAGAAGCCCAAGUAUGUCAAUCGAGCGCCAAGUUGCACGACUGUUACCACUCCGGCCUCUGCGCGAGACGUUAAACCGUCCCCUCCAGCCAGGCCUUCACUUCCCCCGAGACUACCCUCCAGAAAGAGCGUGAACGAAUGUCAUGAUCAGGCCGCAGAAAGUCCUGGCUAUAAACUACCUCCGAUCCCCUCGACAACGGCUAUUGAGAUGGCAAAGAAGGCGGCAUUCUCUAAAAGUCCUCAGAAAGACAUAUCUCACGUUGAGGUGGUUUCGGUCGUUGAACCUCAUGUCCGACCUGCACAGAAUAAUGUGUCUUUACCACAUCGGGCUCAUACAACAGUACCAGCGAGAGACGCAAUAAAUCUACCGAUAAGAGAUGUUAUUUCCUCAUUCACCAGAAGGGAGCCGCAAUCACAACCGGAAGCCCAACCGCAAGGCCAACCGCAAGCCCAAGUCGCGCCACCACCAGUACCUCUCUCGUCAAGACCGGACUUGUCAGCUAUACAAGCCACCAAGCCCAAGGUCUCUCCUACAAACACAACUGCGCCUGCUGCAUCGUCUAAUGUUUGUCUUACGUGUCGUGAUUUCUCGGGACCUGAUCACCAAGCCACUCUUUUCCCGAGAACUCAAGUCACAUCUUUGCAGACGUUAGCCCAUCAAUUAACAUCACCGUUCCCUUCGCCCACUGACAAAGCACGCGCCAUUUUUACUUGGCUUCACCACAAUAUUGCGUAUGACGUUGUGGCUUUCUUCGGUAACAAUGUCAAACCCUCGAGUCCGCAAUCUACUCUCCAGAGUGGGUUAGCUGUCUGUGAAGGCUAUGCUGCUCUUUUCACCAACAUAGCUACCUAUGCUGGGCUAGAAUCGGUGGUCGUUGGCGGACAUGGGAAGGGCUAUGGUUUCACGGCACUUGCACCUGGAGCACCUCUCCCUCCUUACAGUACUGGCCAUGCCUGGAAUGCAGUCAAGAUCGAUAACGGAGAAUGGAAGCUUAUUGAUUGCUGCUGGGGAGCUGGCCAUGUCCAAGGGGCGGGACAGCCCUAUAUCCAGAAACUCACUCCCGAAUUCUUCACCAUGAGUAACGAAGAAUUCGCCGUCAAGCAUUUCCCCGCAAACGGUGAUCAGUUUUUCCUGCCGGGAGGUCGACGGAUGUCAUGGGAGGAAUACAUCGUCAUCGAUCCGGCCUGCUGGCCAGAUGGAGUCGAAGGCCCAACGGUAUUCACAAACGCCAAAGAGGACUAUUCGAUUGGGGAAAAGUCCUUUUCCCCUAGAGCUAGGAGGAUCAAUGUGCGACAACCAGGAAUGGUUCGGUUCCAAUUCAGUCUGUUCUGCCCCCACUGGACACUCGACAGGCAUACGCGCAAAGGGCUUCCUCCCGUCUUUAUUGUGUCGAUCGAGGGUCUCGACGGUCGUCACAAAGAUCUGGUGCCUAUGGAAUAUUAUCCCGGACCCAAUGGCCAAGGUGGCGAUACCUGGCUCGUGGACAUACCUGCGCGAGAACUGGGUGCUCCCGGACAGCGUCUCACUUUGUUUGCCGUCACGACAUUUGGAGAUAGACAGGAUGCGCGCGGGUUGAGCGUGCAGGAGUUUUUGAACGGCAAGGGCCGCGUCGGUAUGGGAUUCGUCGGCGUCGCCGCGUGGGACUUGGUUUGAUAUUUCUUGGGAUUUGUGAGACCCCCUUGCAUCGGUUUCUUGGUUCUUUUACUGGAGAGCAAGGAGUUUUGGUGUUUGUUUGUUUGGUCAUUUGCGGCGUCGAGGACAGCAAAGGUCAAUCUGACUGUAUCGCAUGCAUCAUACCCGAGAUCCACCGCGGGCAUUGUCGCGAGAGAAAUGGGGCGUUUUGGAUCACAAAGGCGAAGCGAGGAAUUCAAAGACUAGGAAAGAGGCGGUUGCGCGUUGCAACGGGAACGGACACGCGCAGUGGACGGGUGUAAUGAUGAUGAAACCCCCAAGAUACCCCCAGAACAAGAAGAAGAGAAAGACAGAGUCAGUACGGAGUAGGACAAUGAGAGAGAAAGAACUGAAGCGUCCACCAUCAUCCGUACUCGUUGUUGUCCCUUGCUUGUUACUUGUUGCUUGCUUGUGCUUCUUUUAUUUUUCCGUCUGUAUUGUUUGGACUACGGAUAUGGGACAAAGGAGAAGUAGCAGCUUUCGCAUCCCGAAAACUGGCCGGCUACUUGUGCGGUGGCCCGUCGUGAUACUUGAAUGAGUAAUGCUGAACACAA